UAAUGACAUUUAGUCAAUUUGACAACCGACAAUAGUGUGUCAUUUUAAUUUUUCCUCCCAGAAAUUUUGUAUUUGAGUGCUUAAUUACAACUAUUGCAUACAUUUUGAAAAGAAAUUGUCAUCAGCUAUGGCUAACGAUGAAGUUGUGUUGAAACAAUAUUUGUCUAAAUAUAAACACCGUGAUUAUACUGCGCGAGAAGUCAUUAGUCUGAUUCAAAUACAUCGUAGUCUUGUAUAUCGUUUAGAAGCCUUUGUGUUCAAUAAUGGCACUAGAAAGGAUUUACUCAACCUCGAAGGCACGAUACCAGUGAAUUACAAAGGUGCUUUUUACAAUAUUCCCGUCUGUAUUUGGCUUAUGGAUACUCAUCCACAAAAUGCGCCAUUAUGUUUUGUAAAACCUACCCCUGAUAUGACGAUCAAAACAUCUAAAUGGGUUGACAGUAAUGGUAAGAUUUAUCUACCUUAUCUCCAUGAAUGGUCACCUUCUGGCUCAACUCUACAACGUUUGGUUCAGAAGAUGAUUGCAGCAUUUGGGGAAUUGCCACCUGUUUAUGCUAAACCACGCAAUCAGCCUCAAAUUCCAUACCCAUUCGAUCCCUUCAUGCCUCAUCCAUCAGGCUAUCCAUAUCCUCAAGUUAGCCCCCAGCCAGGUUAUUCAACAGCUACCCCUUAUCCCACAACAUCAAAUCCAUUACCUUAUCCAAACUUUGGUACACCAUACCCAGGUCCAGUAAGCACUAAUAAUCUAGUAGGUACACCUUAUCCUGCUGCCAACCCUUACCCACCAACAACCAAUUUUGGUGUUGUUACUGAAAUGGCUGGUGGUACCAUCACAGAGGAGCACAUAAAAGCUUCAUUACUAUCAGCAGUUACUGAUAAAUUGCGGAGGAAGUUAAAUGAACAGUCCCAGCAGUCACAGGCUGAACUGGAAACAUUGAGGAGAACUCAACAAGAACUCUGUGAAGGCAAAUCUCGUCUUGAAGAUAUAUUUACAAGACUGCAACGAGAGAAAGCAGCGCUUGAGAAAAAUUUGAGCACACUACAAGAGAAAGAAAAGGAAUUGGAGGCUGCAGUAGAGAGACUUGCGGAGCAAGAUGGGAUUGAAGCGGAUGAGGCUGUAGUAACAACUGCUCCAUUAUACUCUCAACUUUUAAAUGCAUUUGCAGAAGAAGCGACAUUGGAAGAUGCUAUAUAUUACAUGGGCGAAGCUUUACGUAAAGAAGUAAUAGAUCUGGAUACUUUCUUGAAACAAGUACGUACAUUGGCUAGGCGGCAGUUUACUUUACGUGCAUUGAUGCACAAAUGUAGGCAAAAGGCUCAACUAGCUUGCUAGUGACAAUGUUAUACCCAAUGCAAUCUUUAUAAAUUAUGGCUUAUCAUAAUACUGCCAUCAUAAAGGUAUGUAAUUUUGUGGGAUUGUUAUAUUUGCAACAAUUAUGUGUUAAAUUCAAAUUGCUUAAAUGCUUGUUUAUAUUUUAUUUAUACACCAAAUAGUGUAACUGAAAAACUGUUUUAAAUCAAUGUAGUUUGACAAUAAUAAAAAAUAAAACAUCCAAGCUCAGUUAUGAUUCAGAUAUAACAUCAAGUAACUGAAAAAUACUUUGUUUUGUUCCUUUUAUUUUACAAUUAAAUUUUAUUCCGCUUAUACACUUUCUUAUUUUUCAAAGAAAUAUAAAAAUCCCAGCUUCAGGGCACUUCAAUUAGUUUAUCAUAUUCUGUGUGCAAGAAAUUAAUUCCAUAUUUUUCUUGAAUAUGGCCAGGUUUAUAUUUCUGGUUAGGCUAUUACAUUUUUAUAUAAUCUGUCAAUGCAUUUCUAUGUAUGAAAAUAAUUUUGCCAUCGUUUUAUAUGAAUGUGCUUAUUAAUUAAACGGAAAGAUUGAAUUAAAGGUUGUUAAUUUGUAGACAAGUGUAUGACGCCAUAAUUGUUCUGUCUUAUAAUCUUGAUAAUUUUUGGAUGCUAUAUACAAUACUGGGUUUUUAUUAUACCAAAUUAUGUAUCAUUAAAUCAUGCUCUAGUAACUAAGGUAUAUUAUGAUAGACAAUAAUGCAAUGAUAGAAAAAAUGCAAUGGUUGAAAAUAUUACAUUAUACAUGGAUUGAAAAAAAUGUAUCAUGUAUCUAUUUUGUUUAUCUAUUAUUCUCAUAUAACUUCUUUGCAGGUCACAAUGAAGGUUUAUUUUUCAAAUGUGUCUUUUUAAUUUUCAGCCAGUAAGAAUACCUUUUUUUUAGUAAAAAUUCUAACAGGAAAUAAUUAUGUUUAUUUAGUUCAUUCUAUUUUGAUCAAAACUUUAGUAUGUGUAAACAAUUUUGUUUUUAGAAUUGAUAAAAUCAUAUUUUCCUUAAUUUGAAGUUUUUGUAUAAUUCUAUAAUUACUUUGAAGUAUGCCUCAUAUCUGAGGUAAAUUGAAUGAAGAAUGGUAAAAUAUUUAAACAAUUGAAAUUUUCAAUGUACAGUGAAGAAAAUUGGGAAAGGCUGUUUAACAAUAAUUUAAUCCAUAAAUACUUAUCUUUCAGUAAAUAUGUAUUUUAGACUUUGUAGAACUAAAUAGAUAAGGAUUGAAGAAAUCCUACUAUUGUAAAAUAUAGACAUAAAAAUUUUGUAGUCUAAGUUAAAUUGGUUUUAUUUUUAUUGAACUAUUGAAAUUAAUAAGAUCUUAUUUUUCAUUUGAAUUGUAUUUCUCUGAACUGAAAGAUAUUGUUUUUAAGUUUUAUCCUGUACAUUUGUUUAUUUUAUAAAAUGUACGGUUGGGUUGUAGAAAUAUGUCCCUCUGUGUAUUAUGUAUUCAUUAUAUUAAUAAGGAGUAAUAUAUAUUAUUGUUAGUCAUUUUUAUAUUGUCUUGACGAACAUAUAGCAUAAGUCAGGUUAGACCCAAGUGGAUGUAAUUUGUCACAAUAAAUGAGUAAAUGCAAAA